UUGGUUUUUAGAGUAGCGGCUUAAGAUCUUGCCUGGCGGAAGCCGCCGGUGGUAACCGCUCUGUAAUGGCCGUUCGUCUUCUUCUCUCUCAUCAUCAUCAUCAUCAUCACAAAACCUCUCAAAACCCUAACCGCUCUCAUUUUCGAUCUGUGAAAAACUCAUGAUCCUUCACUAAUUCAUAUAUCCUUCCAAAUAUUCUUUAAUUUUACAUACAGGAAGGGUAAUUUAUAAUAAUGUCUGGUGUUGGAGGUUUUACUGUCUCGAGAACUCGCGGCGCCGACCGAUUUUACAAUCCACAGGUCCGGCGACAGCAACGGCUGUUGCUUCAGCAGCAACAGAAACUUAAUACGCAGGUGAGGGAACAGACGGUUAUGGCGGUAGUGACGGUGGAUACGGAGAAUCGGACUGAUUCUGAUGAUACAGCGGCAGCGGUAGCAUUAUCUAAACUGUCUACGCUGCCGCCGCCGCCUCCUCCCUGUUCAUCUCCUCCUCCUCCUCCGCCGCCUCCUCCAGUACCUGCGAUUACCGUGACUAAUUUAGAUCGUCUCGUGGAAUCAGUCACUCCGUUAAUUCCUGUUCAACAUUGUCCUGAGGCGAAUGUUCGAGGUAGGAGGACUGGAGAAGCUGAGUUACGUCCUUUUUAUUCACUUGGCGAUCUAUGGAAUUCGUUUAGUGAGUGGAGUGCUUAUGGAGCAGGAGUGCCACUAUUGUUGAAUGGGGUUGAGUCUGUCACACAAUAUUAUGUCCCAUUCUUAUCAGGCAUACAAUUGUACGAGGACAAAGAGAAGUCGAAUUCUAGGUGUAGUUUCAAGAGUGAUGUUGAGUCUUCAAGAGACACUAGUAGAGCUGGUAACAGUGACCGUGAAGCCGAUAGGCAAAAUGCGAUGAACAUGAAUUGCGAGCCGAUGAACAGUCUCUCAUUAAGGGAAACUGACAUCUGUAGUUCACCAGGGACGCUUUUAUAUGAAUAUUUGGAACGAGAACAACCAUAUAAUCGCAGACCUCUAGCUGAUAAGAUUUCGAGUCUUGCAUCCCAAUUUCCGGAGCUUACCAAGUGUAGAAGCUGCGAUCUAUCACCAGCAAGUUGGAUAUCCGUGGCUUGGUAUCCAAUAUAUAGAAUUCCGGUUGGUUCAACACUCAAGGAUCUAGACGCGUCAUUUUUAACAUUUCACUCUCUAUCGACACAUUCUAGGAGCUAUGUUCCUGCAAGGUAUCAUAUUGGAGUUGAAAAAACGAUAUCUAGGGUUUCGUUGCCAGUGUUUGGACUAGCCUCGUACAAGUACAAGGAUUCGGCUGUGAUCAGCAGUCCUGAAUGUGAGAAAGAGAAGUGUUUGCUGGAAGCUGCGGAUAAGUGGCUCAACAGUCUUGAGGUUGUUCUUCCUGAUUACCAAUUCUUUCGAUCGCAUUAUUAUUCUCAGUGGAGAUGAGAGGAUCGAGUUGGAUCGUUGAAUAUGAUUAGGAAUCGGGUGUUGUUUAAUUAAUUUGAUUUGAAGGGAGGGAGCUCCAUGAAGAUGAUGUUGAUGUAUUUUGUUUGGCAGCACCAUCUUCCUUUCCAUAGCUUAAUUGAAGCAAGUAUGAGCCAAGAUGGAUUAUUUUUGUAAAAUUAUAACCAUCUGGUUCAAACAAAAUUUUGGCUCCAUUUUCAGUAUCCAAUUAAACAUUAUAGAUGAUUAUGAUGAUAAUUAUGAUGCACUGUUUUGUUGUUA